UGCGAUAAAAUGAAGUCCAAUGACAGGCUUAGCUGACAACAGAAUUGGUGAGGCUCGUAUCGCAUUUCUUGUGACGUGUCAUGGGAUUAUCAGCGGUUGCAUGACACGACCAAAAAGUAAAGAAUUUUCAUCUUAUGCUAAGAAGCUGUCGCAGUUUGGACCUGGAUUAUCCUAGGAGCCAACCACCAAUGGCGUACUCCAUUUUGUACCAUAUUCUGCAGCUUGUAGUCAUACUGAUUUCAGCUGUAAACAAAUCUGUGUCACACACGGCAAGAGAAGUGUUUCAUUACGUUGCAGAAGAUCCAGUCCCGGAUUUUGUUCUGUGUCGUGAAUGUGGCGGCGAUUUGGCAGAUUCUCACUACAUAGUGAAUCAACUAAGCCCGGAAGCUUUAAUAAAAAGUAACCAGACUCUAUUUGGCAGAGAAGAUAUAGAGGUUCAACUCUUGUCUAAUCCACUGGGGAUUCAGUUUUAUAUAUUUACUACAUCGUCUGCAAAGUGUGUCAGCAUUGGUGAAAACUGGCACGACGACUUUUCCUGGUUUCCUGGAUAUGCGUGGAAACUUUGCUUCUGUAGCCAAUGUGGAUCCCAUGUGGGAUGGAUGUUUGAGCCUUUGAAGACGGCAACAGAAGACAGAAGUUUACCAUCAGCUAAAGGCUUCUAUGCAUUAGUACUGGACAGUGUAAUAAGUGAAUCUUUUUCUAACUCGUUAUUAGUCGUUCCAAAAUUAUAUAGGAAUUAAUAAAUCAAAAUGAACGAGGAACAGAAGGCAUUCAUUGCAGAGUGCGAAGAAGAAUUUAAGGAUCGUUUUACCGAUAAGGAUGAAGCGUUUAUGAAAAUAAAAAAUGCGGAACCUCAACGACCUCCGAUUAUGGAUCCUUGGUACAAUAAGCCCCCCAGAAAUUUCGACUGGAGUCGCCAAAAUCAAGGACAUGAUCAGGGAGGACGACGGAAUCAGGGUUACAAGAAACGCAAUGAUCGAAAUAAUGACCACUACUAUAAUUACAAACGUAAUUAUUCGAAUUAGAACCACUGUAUGCUUCAUAAUAUAUUAAUUUCGUCGUUAAAUCAUGAAAUAUAAAUUUCCCACUAAUAAACUUUAAUUAAAUA